UUGCUUGUUAUCACAUUCCACCCGGCCACAAUAAAAUACCGGCCAUUAUUCACCUCCGCCGACUCCGACACCGGCCAAAGUAUGAUACCCGGCCGUUAAUUGAAUACAGGCUAAUAUUAGAGGAUUUACGGUAGUUUAAUGACACCUAGUGGUUAUUUACUGGUACUACCGCCUUGACAAUGACGCUCCCAGUAGAUGAGAUGAGGACAAUUUUUUAACAUUUAAUACAGCUGUGUAAUGACGUAUAAAUUAUUAAUAUCAAAAAAUUGUCUGAUAGAAUGUUUAACAUACAACACAUGACUUAUUUUGGCAUACAAACAACCAAUUUGUAACCAAAGACCAGGCUAUGUAAAAUGUGAAUGAACUUUUAAUAAUAAUAAUAAUAAUGAUACAUUUUAUUUAAAAGCGCCUUUCUGGUCACUCAAGGACACUCUACAGAAUAAAAACACAAAUCAUUCAGUAAGUUUACAUACGUAAACAUGAACAGACAAGGCACUCUAAAAUUCAAAGCUGAUAUGGGGUUAUCAAAUCAAAAUUUAUUUAUGAAGCGCUUUCCAUGCAAAUGCAGCUCAAAGCGCUUUACAAUAUUAAAAACAACCAGACAGCAGUCGGUUUCCCACCCCUCCCACACAGAUUCACAUUAGAGAUCCCCUUUGUUUCUCCCUCCUCCCACCCUCAAUCCCGUCCCAAGCAGAUUCAAAACCCCGCACGCACGCACACGCGCGCACACACACACACACACACCACUCGCACACACGCACAUGCACACACAUAAUAAAGAAAGGGCAGCUGGCUGAAUGCAGAUGUAAUAUAUAUAAAGAAGACGAAAACGCCAUCAAAGGAGCCAACUGCACCGGGAGCACCAAGACUGGCAGCAAUAGCCUUGGUAAGAGUAGGCAAAUGAAGCACCCCGGCAACCACAGUCCACCGCUGCCCCCCGGGGCAGCCGGCCUCCACAGAGAAAACACUAGUUUACUAAUGACACAAAGAUAACAGUUAAGAAACAAAUUAAACAUAAACAGCUGAUAAAUAAAAAUCAAAAUAAAACACAGUGAUAAAAGAUGACCAAGUAGAAACGUAUAAUUACAUUUAUAAAAUAUAGUACCACAAAGUAUUAAGACUGGUUAAAACUAAUAAUUAUUACAAGUUAAAAUAAAUAUGUUAGAAAAUAUGUGUUAUUUAAUUGAGUAGUAAGUAAUAAAACACUGAUAAAAUAUAUGUUAAAAAUACACAAAUAAAUAAAUAAAAAGGUAAAAACUGGCUAAAAUAGAUCACAAUCACUUAAAAGCUAUACUAAAAAGUAGUGGUGUGCAUCUCUACCUUACUCACAAUUCGAUCCGAUUCCGAUUAUCUGCCUAACGAUUCGAAUUGAGUCUGAAAUGCAUCACGAUUCUUCACACAAAAAUUUUCAUUACUUAAUAAAAGCAGUAGAAUAGUUUUCAAUUUCUUUUUGAUUUCGAAAUCCCUGAAAAACAGAACAUUCAUCUAUUCACUAUAGUGAGCAAUAAUUUUUAAAGUGUGCUGCCUAUAAUUACUUAAAUAAUAUUAGAAAUAACGUUUUCGGUAGAGCAGCUUUAAGAUAGAAUAUCACUGAACUUAAAAAUAGUAAACAAAUACUGUGUUAAGUGAUUCUUUCACAUCCAGGAUCCCAAAACCGAAAUUAGCCCAGACAUCCGAUUUAAAUGUAACGGGUACAUCUUUGAUUACUGGUAAUGUUGGCCCUGUAUCCCUGUCCGCCUUUUCUGUUUUAAAUUGGCGCUAGGGCAAUGCAGUGCGCAUGUCAUUGCAACUCUGCCCCCAGAAGUAAUUGUAAAACCUCAAAACUUCAUUGUCCUGCAUAGACAUAGACCAGGGGUCGGCAACCUGUUCCCAUCAAAGAGCCAUUAUGACCCGUUUCCCACAGUAAAGAAAACACUGGGAGCCACAGCAGCCGUGGCGUUGUGGGUGGGGCCUACCCUCAGACAGCAGAGCGCUGCUCACAACAGGUGAUGCAUUUCAGACUCAAAUCGAAUCGUUGGGCAGAUAAUCGGAAUUGGAUCGAAUCGUGAGGCAGGUAGAGAUGCACACCACUAGUCGCUCGUGUACGUCAAAGUUAUCUUUCAUAAGAAGAUAAUCAAUAAAACGAUUUAUAUAAAGUGGAUCCAGAAGUUGUAGCCCGUCUCUGCCUACAAUAUUUUGAUAUUUUUCACCCUGUUGGUGGUUUUACUGAGCAGGUGCCACUUUUGUCAUACGUUUCUUUUUAUAACAUGAUUAGACUGUUCAGAAUACAAAUCCAGGCUCUGUCACGUUUGAUUGUUGUAAUUAAACUUUGCAGGUGGGGAAGGUCAGAAAAGGAUCCGAUCAUUUUGUUUUUCCCUCAUUUACAGCGACGGAGACAAUGGCGCAGUGCGCCUGGCUCUGGUGGUAAUCAAGUUCAAUUAUAUCUCUUUGCAACAAUUUUCACAAGAAAACAGAACAGUUAAAAGCAGGGCUUGUGUUGUGUUGACCGGAUAGUUCCCGUAUUUGACCGUUUAUUUUGACGGAGAAAGAAUAGAAAGAAUUACCCCGACGCAUGCAGACGAACUGACGUUUUAUUCGUUACGCACAUCGCAGAUGUAGCUAAAUCACUUAAGAAAUGAUUCCCAUCUGAACAUCUGAGCUGGACACUGCUCAGCGCAGCUCACUGUCAGCCUGUACUACAUAAGGUGUACAGCGAGCUGAAGAUGUGGAGAGGGGCUUGGAGCGCGUCGCAGAACCAGAGCGCAUGCAGGAAGAUUCCUCCGACUGAAGCGAGACUUGUCACUUAGAAAAUGUUCCCUGAUUAUGAAACUUUGACUGAAUAGUGCUUGUUCCUGUCUCCAAUGUGGCGACACAUCCAGGAGCCGUCUGAGGAUGAUCCUCUCCAGCUCAGAAUGCGCCGAUAUGAUUACACACAAGCGUGACCCGUCAACCCGGUCUCACAGUAAGACCGGGUUGGAACUGUUCAGGUUUACGCCGACAAUCUUUACAUUUAGAAUUGGCAUACAGAUGUAGAAUUAAUGCAGUAAAAUAUAAAGCAUUUUAUUUAAAUAUCCAUUCAUUAUUUUACAAGCACAGAGAGCCGCAUCAGAUGGAUGGAAGAGCCGCAUGCGGCUCCAGAGCCGCGGAUUGCCGACCCCCGACAUAGACAUAGGGAGAAAAUCUCAUUAUGUCACGUUGCUGCAUCGAUGCGGAAUCAUGCACGGCUGAAUCGUGAUGCAUCUUAGAAUCGCCUUAAGCCUAAUCAAGGAAAGGAUAAGAAACGUCAUAACUAGGGUUGAGCGAGUACACCACUAUCUGUAUCUGUAUCUGUUCAACCAACUAAAUGAUCUGUAUCUGUACUCGGAAUGGGCGUGGCAUAACCCGGAAGAGGGCGUGGAUUAACCGGAAGUGGGUGUGGUUUACAUCAAUACAUUAUUUUAAGUCUGAAAUUGAUAUGGAAUGAUCAGAAGUUGAUAUGUGUAUUGUUUAUUUGAAAACUAUUUACAGAGCAGUCUCAGAAUUGAGAUUAAAUGUUUUUGAUCACAAUAGUAAAGAAACUAUUACAGAACAAGUUUUUCAAUAAAAUCAGAACAUUAAUAUUUAAGUGCAUGGAUUAAUACAUCUGAACUCAUGCAGUAGGAACUAGGAAAUAUGAAAUGCUAGAACCAGACACAACUUUAUAUAUAUAUAUAUAUUUUUUUAUUUUAAUUUGAUUAAUCUGAUUUUUUUCUUAACGUUCUUGGCAUUUUGCCCCACACAAAGUUAAACAAAACAAUGUUGGUUAAGGUGUGUGUGUGUCUGAGAGAGACAGAGAGGGUGAGAGGGAGAGAGAUGGAGUUAAAAAAUAAAUAACCCGACUGGAGCGGAGGUAGUGAAUGCAGCACGUCAGUCUUGUCAAAUGCACCAUGUACAGUGCUUUAAAAGACUUUACACAAAAGAAAAACCUCACAGCAGAUGACAUAGCACAACUGAUAGGACUGGUAGCUAACUCCACUUACUUCACAUACAAUGACAUAAUAUACAAACAACUGGAAGGCUUCGCCAUGGGUAACCCGUUAUCAGCCACCCUGUGCCAGUUUUUCAUGGAAGACUUAGAACAAAAAGCCAUAGCCACUGCCCCCCAAACUGCAAAAUAAAAUUAUGGAAACGCUACGUAGACGACAUACUGGAAAUCAUACCAAAAGGUCAAACACUAACACAACAAUAUUGACGACACGGGCAACAUAAAGUUCACUUAUGAGUCAGAAACAGAAGGCAGUAUAGCAUUUAAGGAUAUGAAAAUCACCAGGCAGACCGACAGGACCCUAAACAUAAACACAUACAGGAAACCAACACACACAGACCAAUAUCUAUUAUGGACAUCAGAACACCCCACCAUACACAAAAUGUCAGUAAUCAGAACAUUAUAUCACCGAGCAAACAUAAUAACAGAAGAUAGAGACUGUAAACAAGAGCACAAACACAUACAACAUGCUUUAAAGACCUGCAGAUACCCGGCAAUAAACAAAGGAAAACAACAAACAACAACAGAAAGAAAAAGAACAACCUAAGCAAAGAACCAGAAACCCAGAAAGACAAGAAUCAAAACCAGUGAUAACCUUACCAUACAUUAAAGGCAUAACAGAAAAAAUAAGAGCAACAAUGAAAAAAACAACAUAAACACACCAACAAAACCAUACACAACAGUUAGAAACAGACUAGUGGACCCAAAAGACAAAAUAUCAGCUGGACUUAAAUGUGGAGUUGUUUACGAAAUCCCAUGCAAACUCUGCAAUAAAACAUACAUAGGAGAAACCGGACGCCAACUCAACACACAAACAAUAGAACAUAGAAAGGAGUGUGAGAAAGAAACAAGUCGAAAACACACAAGAGCAGCAAAACAAGAAGCAGAAAGCACAAUAAAGAAGUCAGCCGUAACAGAUCACUGCACAAGAGAAAACCAUUUAAUGGACUGGGACAACACAAGGAUCAUAAACACCGAACAGGAAAAAAUACAAAAGAUGGAUAAAAGAAGCAAUCGAGAUAAGGAGACGUGGAUGUGGGACCAUGAACUGGGACGGUGGCAUUUACAAGUUGGACCGCGCAUGGGACUGCAUCGUCGGAGAGGGGAGAGCGGGCAGCAGAAGGCGACAACAUCCUCUGCUGCCCGCGGAUAAACGGAGAAGGAAGUGACUCCACCAUCAGCGUCAGCCUGAGGAAGUUUGCAGCCGCAAACGAAACGUAGCGGGAAAACAGGUAAAUAAAACUGCUCUGUGUUUUAAAAAAUAACUAUAGCAUGGAAUUAGAGGUCAAUCAUUUCCUGGCUAAAUGGACUUACACACCCACACAUGUGGGUGUAGAGUUCGACUACAUACUAGAAUCAGCACUGUUGCUAUUCAGUUGUAGAUUCUGAGAAUGACCAAGCAGAUUAACCUAUGAGGCUUAUAUCGUGUAUAAAUAUCCCAGAUACUUAUAUAAUUGAUCUAAGUUCAUACACCAACCUGUUUGGUCUAUUUUUAAUCCAAAGAUUAAUGUUUAAUUUAAGAUAAUUAAAUUUAAAAGCAAAAGUUUAUUUUUGAAUCAGAAGUCUUUGCUUUUUCAAUAACCAGAAAUAAUUAUACCUUUCUGUGUUUCAUUUCAAAGAAUGAGGCAAGUUUAAAAAUGAAAAAUUUUAUUACUAACAAUUUUUAAACUUUACGAUUUGAAUGACAAUUAGAAUGACAAUUAAUGGAUGACAAUUUAAUGACAAUCUUUUAUCAGCUUUGAUAUUAAACUUGUAUUAAAAGGCAAACCUGUGACUGAAUGAAGGCUAAAUUGGAAAUACGAGUUUGGAUGCGUAAAUGGAUUUCUCAGACAGUUUCUUUCAGAGAGAGGAACGCGUUCUGGGCUGGGAAUGAUGUUUUGCAGCUAACUGAGUUUACUUAGAGAAAAGAGCAUCAAACACAUUCCUGUGUGCUACCUCACCCAACAGGAGACCCUCUUUGUAGAUCCGGAGAUCAAGGAGGCUGUUGUCCACCUCAGGGUACUCGGUCUGGUAGAGAAAACGCGAGUGAACCGAUCCUCUGGUCCAGAGAUGUCGCCGGGUACACAGUGUCGAGCGUUUGGCUUAACUCUGAAGGAGUUUCUCGUCUUAACUUAACUCAAAAAUCAAUAACUCUGGAAGGAGGUUUUGCGUCAGCUGGCUACAGUUACGUUUAUUCAAAGCUUAUUCUAUCAGCGUGACAGAACAGCAGGUGAAGGUUAGGGACGGCCGUUCCCUGAUCCUCCAGUGAUGGUGGUGGGUUCAUGAACUGGACGUGAAAGCUGGUGGAAGUUAGUUUUACAAAGUCCUCAGAACACACCCAGUCUCAGCAAGAAAGCUUUGGUCAUGCGUCAAAAACAUGUGUUGGCAGUUACCCUUACUCUGGAUCAGUUCUGUGUUAGAUUGAUAAGGUGGAAGCUGACCUUCUGAUUUGCUGAACACACAUUACUGUCAUCAACCAUAGUAAUCAUUAUUAUACCCAAAGCAUAAUAAUUCAUUUCAUGUAAUUAAAAUAAAUUUAUACUGAACCAAGUGAUUAUUUAUGAUGAUUAUCAUAAAAAGUAAUAAAGUCAAAGAGUUUAUUAAUAUUAUUAUUUAAUUAUUAUCGUGAACUUGAAGUGUCCUUCUUCUGGGACGGAACAGCAGCAGAUAACGAUGAUAUGUUCUUCAGACAUCAUGACUCCUGGUUUAAUCUGUGGACUUAAAAGUUACUGUCUGACCCAGCUUGACCCGCUGGGUAAAUGUGACUGCCACAAAUUAGAGAACCUUCAUCAUGCUUAAUAGGACAUCAAAUCGAUCGGCUUGGCCUAAGGAAUUCAUCCAUCCACAUAUAAAUCCAUACAUGCUUCUAUCCAUCCAUCCAUCCAUCCAUCUAACAUCCAUCCAACAAUCCAUCUGUCAUUUCAUUCAUCCAACCAUUCAUCCAUCCCAUAUCAAGUCUGAACAUAUGUUAAUCUAUCAGUUUCAGAUAUCAGCAAAUAUUUCUAAAUUCACAGUUCAGCCAGUUGUAAAAAUGUACCCAUUAAACUAUUCUCAUUCAAAUGCCAGCUGUUUAACAUUUCAAAUUUCGAGUUUUUCAUUAAUGUUCAAAGAUUAAAGUUUUCUGCUGUUUAGCAUUUUUUGUUCAUUCUUCACCUUUAUUCUGAGCUUUAUUACACUUGUUGGUGAUUUUUGCUUCUAAAUCUUUAAAUACAUUCAGCUCAUUUUGACAGUUUAGCUUAGUUUCAGCUUCACUUCAGCUAUUCAGCAGCUUCAGCAAUAAAUUUCUGAAUUCAGCAUAUGCUGCUAAUUUCACAGUUCAGCUAAAUGUAAAAAUUAAACUGUUUAACUAGUCCGACUUAAAUAACAUGUGUUUAGACAGUUUUUUAAACAAUGUUCGUAUAUUUCAGUUUUCUGCUGUUUAGGAUUGGUUUUCUUGAUUCUUCACUUACUUUUUGUGCUUUAUUUGCUUGUUGGUGGUGCUUUUUGCUUUCAGAUCUUUCACUAUUCAUCUCAUUUGCCAGUUUAACUUAGUGUAACAUGAUGAAGGAGCUAUUCCACCAAGGUUAUUUAACCUUUCUCCACAGAUGCCUCUGACACAGUGCUCGAGUGCAUGAGACAGCCUCAAGGUCAUGCAUUUGCUUCUAAACUGUUUACUUUCCAGCAAGAGAAGAAAGAAGAUUAAAAGACUCUUUUCUUUUAUUAAAUCAAAGAGCUCUAUUUUUAAUAAAGCUAAUCAAAACAAGUGUUAGUCAAUAAUAUAAUGUUGACCAAUCUGUGAAAUAACAAUGUUAUGAUUAAUUUGUUUUAAUAAGUAAAUGACUUUAAUCUAGUUCACUAGACACCCUGAUACACGUAAUGUAAACGCAUGACACAUUGCUGUUACUGAUCCAAUCAGAACCUUCCUAGUCUGAAGCAUGGCAUAGUCUCUGUGGUGUUUAUAAAUCUGCCAACUUUGAUUCGACCAGAAAUCAAAACAUAGAGAUUAACAAAACCAGUUCCAACGCCAUCUUAGUUCAGUUCUCAAGAUCUCACUGAAGUUCACCGCAUGCUAAGCGAAGUAUCGGACCGGCCAUCCGGACUUCCCUUUUUAAACUGAGAACCAACAAGCUGGAAAAAUCUGUUGCAUUUCACCAACCAAGCAACGGUUCCUUUCAGAAUAAAAGCUGAACUCACUGACCUAAGGAGGGUCCCUUUUGACGCUGUGAACCACCUGUUCACCACGCUUUUUACCUUGAGACAAUCCAAGGACUAGUCUGUCGUACUGUCGACGCUGUUCCAUCGGCUCCAGUACCAGAGGAGGGUCCGUUGGACCUGGCACUCCGGAUCUGUAUGGAAUUCUAAUUGAGGGUAUGUGUGGAUGCAACAAAUAUGGCGUCUCAUGUGUUUAUGAAACUCCGAUCAAACUCUGAUCAUAAUUAGAAGCAAAACAUUACAUCACUCAGACUUGCUUCUCCGGAUACGAGAGUUCCGAUAAUAACACCACUCACACACACCAUCCACCUCACGUCUCAUUCAUACCAGAUACAUCCAUCAUCAGUUAGAGUUAGUUGUUUAAAAUUGUUUAAAUUAUUUAGUAAUAAAUCAUAUUGAACAUUUAAAGGACUCUCUCUCUUCUCUAGUCUCUCAGUUAAUACAAAGUGUACAUAAUCCCUACAAUAAAAAGUUCCAAUCUUCUGGUUAAAUAACUCAGUGGUCCGUAAGAUUGAUUUCAUACCCGAUAUGCAAUCUUAAUGCCUCACGGUCCUUAAUUAGAUGUAAAUUAACUUCAUUACAUUAGUUUCAGCUUCACUUCAGCUAAUCAACAACUUCACCAAUCAGUUACCAAAUUUAGCAUAAGCUGCUAAUUUCACAGUUCCGCUAAAUGUAAAGAUUAAACUGUUAAACUUGUCCAACUGAAAUAACAGGUGUUUAGACAAUUUAGCUGUCAAGAUUUUUAUACAAUGUUCACAGAUUUCAGUUUGUUGCUAUUUUUUUGAAUGCUAUAAAGCAUGUGUGUGUGUGUGUGUGUGUGUGUAUGUUGGUGUGGGCGUGUGUGUGUGUGUGUGUGCAUGUGUGUGUGUGUGUGUUGUUUAUGUUUUCUUGUGUGUGUGUGUCCGUGUGUGUGUGUGUGUGCCUGCUCUGUCUUCUCAAUCCCCAGUGAGUCGUGGUUGAUGGCUGCUUAUACUGAUCCUCUAGAGGUUUCUUCCUGUUAAAAGCAAGCCCCCACAAUGCGGCUCUGAAACUGGGCCCAACUCGGAAGUAGCAUAAAUUGCAGUUCCACCCUCAUCCACUAGGGGCUGGUGUCAGAAGCGAGCAAAUCCUCAUUGACUCCCAUGUUAAAAAUACCAAUUUCACAGCAGAAAUAAACAUGUUUACAGCCUGGUACCAAAACAUGUUUUAGGUUUAAAUGAUCUAGUUUACACUCAUGACAACUCUGAGGGGGGUGAAUAUUUUUUCUCACUCUUCUGUUUAAGUGUAUUAAAAGCCUAAAAUUCUGAAUAAUUAAUGAGCAUCAGACCCACGUGACCGCAGAGCUAGCUCCGUGGAAAGGCCUCAGUAGAGCCUCGGUCUGGCUUGGAAACUGCUCUCUGUGUUUGUGUAUUCUUUUUUGGAUAUUUUUGUGCAAUUGUUGGACAAAAUGACUUGCUGUGGUGUUGCCAGUCCCCACAUGCCAAAGACAGUGGCAAGCUGAAACACACUGAACUGGCUUAUGCGAGUAAAAUCAGCCAAAAGACAGGAGCCCAGCUGCACAACAAACAUCCAAGCUGAGGGUCACAGAAGGGUCACAGGGACAAGAGGACAGAACUGGGCAAAAGGUCAGGAGGCUGACCCAACCUCUGGCAGGAGCGGGAAAAGAAGGACUGGAACAGAGUGAAGACAGCUCAUCGGAUCCAGAAGUCCUCUCAGGAAUGUUGGAGGGAAACUGACGCUUUGCUACACAGAUGAUGAUUUAUGACCUGUGCCCUCAUGUAGAAUGCUGCAUGUAGUGAUCUGUGCCCUCAUGUAGAAUGCUGCAUGUAUUGAUAAUGACACCAGAUGUCUUGUGUUGAGCUAAAAAGUGUGUAUCUGGUAAAUGACCCCAUGACCUCACUGUCAUGAGAUAAUGAUAUAUGUGACUUUUACCUCGUCUAAACUGGCCCAGGAAGGGUAUAAAAGAGCAGCCCUGAGCAGAGCUGGGACACAGAAGUUGGGGCAGACGACAGGAAGAGACAGAGCAGAGCUGGGAGAGAAGAGGUCGGCCUCCGUCCUCUGGACAGAGGCUGACAGAGAAAGAAGUUUGGGGUGAUCCACAGAAGACCGAGUUGGUGUAAAUCAACUCCUUCUUUCUUAGUUAAUCAUUAGAACUAAUUCCUCCUUGGGGGAAGCAGUUAAUUUUAUAUUUACUCAUUUUUGUAUUUUUUAAUCUUGUAAUAAACUUUUUGAAAAAGAAUCUACAUUCCUGAUUCUUAAAGAGUUCCUCUUUGAAGGGGCCAGUGGCAGCCCUGACCAUUAUUGCACAGAGGUAAGCAUAUUAAUUAUAGGUUCCUGAAUUAUCAGGUUUUACUUUACGGUUUGUGACAGAUUAAUAUAAAGAAACCUUAAGAUAAAAAGAGCUUGUCUCCUUCCUCACCCGCGAGUAACGAGAUGUCUUAAGGAUGAUAAAACCAAAACAUUAGAGGUUAAUUUUGGCUCUGAUUCGCAAGUGUGAAAAAGUAUCUAUCAGCGCUGGAAGGAUGGAUUAAUUAGAUAAAUUGAUAAAUCUAUGUUAGUCUGAUCAAUUAACAAGAAUCAUUUUAUAGUUACCAACCAUUCACAUAAGCUGAUAGGGGCGCAAAUUAAUCCAAAUAACCCAAACAAUUGCCGGAAGGGAUGGCCUCCCGCCGGGCUUCGUCCCUAGUAUUUUAACCAAAAAAUAACGGGAUUGAUUAAAAAGAAGUGGGCUAUUACAAAGGGACAAGUCUUGCAUAUCAUUUCACCUUUAAAAUAGAAGAUAUGAUUCUAACUUAAGAAGUCCAGACCAGGGUCUAGUACAAUAAUACUCACCGACACCCCCACCGAACCCUGAAAGAUGCACAGUCUCAUAAGUUCUAACGGAACUGGGUUUUAACGGAACCGACAAAUGGGACGUGCACGCGACAGUGGCAUUAAUUGCACUAAUAGAGCGUCCAAGGAGUCUCCACUUCAUUUUUUUUUCAGUAAGUAAAAUUAUAUUUAUGUAUUUUAGGUCACUGCCGAGCUGAGCUUAGAUUUUAACAUGUACUGUUUAACCAUGAAAUUUAAAUGUAAUAGGGUAAAACCCAGUGCAUUUAACAUAAUGCUGCACUUUAGAAAAUGGGUUGAAAUAUAACAUGUUGGUGGAGCUGGGCUCCAACUAUCGGCUUGUGGAGCUCUCGGGAGACCGAUGUUUUCCACCCGGUUCUCCCCUCCCCGCAGCUCGGCGCAUCUCUGUCUGAUCGCAGCUUCUGACUGCUGAGCGGGCUGACGGCUUGUGGAGCUCUGGGAUGGAAACCUUUCCACCCGGUUCUCCCCAGCGGCAUCUCAGAUCGCAGCGGCGCUUGUCUGCUGUGCGGCUGCCGGCUUGUGGAGGUCUAGGAGACCUCUGUGUUCCACCCGGUUUUACCCAGCGGUCAGCCCGGCGUAUCUCUGACUCAGAAGCUCUGGUGUUGUGCACAGUUAAGUCCGGUUGUAGCUAGGUUGCUACCUCCGUUAGCUUAGCUCCCACCUCCGCAUUAGCUUUGGGUUCGCUUCAGGUUCGCUUGUAGCUAGUUCGACCAGGUGUCGUCAGUUGAUCUCAGCCUUACAGCCCCACUCUCAGCUCCACCUGCACAAGCUUAUGGACCUGCUGUUCGACUAUGUGGUGGUGGAUCCCCUCCCAUAUCAGGAGUACUCAGACAAAAUUCCUUUUCCAUAACCUCUCUGUGCCCAGUUCCAAAGACCAGACAAAUGGGAUGCUGUGAGCAGGCACAGGUCCAGGUUUUAAAGUGCACGUAAGGUGAUCUACACAACAAGAAAUUGUAAUUAAAGCUGCAAGCAGCGUCGUUCGGCCCUCACAGCUCCACGCCGCUCCAGCCUGGCCGGCAGCCCAGGACACCAGGUCACAUCCGCGGAACAGAAAAGUCGACCACCCCGACACCAGAAACCGCUAUUGGUCACCUCAUCCGCACCUCACCCUGACUCAACUUCCCUUCUGAGCCCACCAUUAUAUUACACGUCUCACCACUAGGGCAUACUCUAUCUUUACCACACUGGUGGUGUGAUGACACAGACCAACUUUAAUGCUUUUCUGACCACGUUUUUUGAAGUUAUAGUUGGUUAAAUUUAUCUAGGGGGCGUUGUGACCAGCCACAGAAAAAUCCCAUUGAGGUCAGCUUUGGUUGAAGAUGGUUUUCUGUUAUUUUGGUUUCAAUCAGACAUUCUUUCUAGAGCCAGUGAGCUGAAAGGGGUGGAGCUACGGGGAUUUGAACAAACAACCACAUCAACGUGUUUGGUGCAGUCAAGUGAUGACACAAGCCAAGUAUAAUGCCAUUCUGACCUUGUCUUUAGAAGUUGAUAAAUAUUGAUGACCCUCCAUUCUUUCAUAAUUUUUCUCUGUACUCUCCGAACACUUGGACUGUCCACUUAUACUUGGAGGUGAUUUUAAUUUUUGGAUGAAUUCCUUAACAGACAGGCUCAGUACAGCUGGGUCUCAGCGCAAUUGGCAAUCCACUAAUAUAGUUAAACAGUACAUGAGUGAUUAUGGGCUUUGUGAUGCAUGGUGAUCUCUUCAUCCUAACCGUAGAGAGUAUACUUUUUUCUCACACGUCCACAGGGGCGUGUCCAGGGGGUAGCCUGAGGUGGCGCAUGCCACCCCUGGAAUCUGAUUGGCCACCCCAAGUGCCACCCACACUGAGCUCCAUUUAACUUGACUCUAUAUUUUCCACAAACGUUCUGGAAUUAUAAAUCCCAAAAAGUCCUGGUUCAUUCCCACUCCAUUCCGGUUGGUGGCGGUAAUUAGCCAAGAAGUGCUGCUACCUGCUACAGUAGAGUUCUAAGAAGAAGAAGGAGGAAGAGGAGGCCUACAGAUUACCCAAAGAAGAAGAGAAGAAGGUUCCUGGAGAAGACAAGCUAGUGGAUAAGCGUGGAUAACAUACAUUCAAUGAACAAUAUUUGAACAUUUUUCCUUCAUGUAAGUGAUUUCGUAACAUUUGUUUCCUGAAAUGUGACUAGACUUUUGCAAGAUUUAUAGUUAAAAAGUUUUUGGUUUAACUUUAAAGCAUUUAACCAGGUUAACUGCAGUUACCAUGGCAAGCCAUCUUGUCGACAAAAACGAUCUAGAUUCUAGGCUAGCAGUGUGUCACACCAUGGUUAAACCCACCUUUAGACUACUUAAACACAGCUAAAAGCAAAGAUAGCACGCGACCCGCAUGCACAAAAACAGAAGUGCGACUGCAACGAGCGCACGCUAAUCACGGCAGAGGCAACAGGCGACUGCUUUGUUAUUGCCUAUGGUGUUCAAAGUCACAUGUGAGGGAAUACUGUAAAUCCCCAGAGAUGCUAAAGGAGAUAUUAAUUCAGGACAUAGGCUCAUCCAUCUGCAGAACUGGCAGGAAAUAAUUUGCAGCCGAAGGUUUAAAUAUGAUUCAAUCAUCAAGUCUGAGAUCCAAAUGCAGAGAAAUAAACAAGUCAGAUUAUGUUAGUGACAGGAGAAACUCUACAGUAAUAUUAGAACAAUCCAGUGAAAGAAGGUUCAUUUAGAAAAAUAAAGAUAUCAACUAAUAAAACUUAUAUUGAGUGAUAUUUAUAACUAUAUUAUAGUAAUUUAACAUCUCAUUUCAUUUGACGUCUCCAUUCUUCAGUGUUGACUGGAGUAAAUGUGAUGAGUUAAACCUAACCCAGACCAGUUAUCAACAGUUAAGUAUUUUUUGAAACAUGGUAAUUGGCAAAGUUGAUGAGUAUUUUAAAAGUUGUAAACUAUAGUUUAAAAAUAACAGAAAUUAUUCAAACUUUAUAUAUUCCUUUUUUCUAAGCAGAAUCUCAGAAAAGCAGCAAUACAUUUCUGGAGUUUUAAGCCACAACUGGUAUUUGUAUGAUUUAUAUACAUUAAUACAGAAAAUGACCACAGUAAUCAUGAAACUAUGAAUAUUUAUUCAGAUUUUAAUUGUAUGACCCAAAUUUUAAACUGUUGCAACCCUAAACAACAUUGGCUAGUACACAGUUACACUUCACUGGUGCUUUUCUGAACACAUCUGAAGUAAAGUGAAUUGAGUCUGUGAACGGAAAUACACUGUUAAUGAGUCAGUUGGAAUACUUUUCCCCGCCACUUGUGAGAUAGCUGAACCCCCACUGCUAAUUUUUUUUAUGCCAGAAAAAUCUUUGGUUGCCUCAUUAUGCAUUAUGAACAAGGUGUAACAUGACUUGUCUUCCUGUGACUGUUACAGUAUGAAAAGAACUCUGAACAUUAAGGAUUUCUUCAAAAGAAAGAAAGCAGGAACAACAGAGCAGGACAGAUCAGCCAGCAUUAAUGCUAGUAGUCAGUCAGAGAGCCAGCUUGAGGAUAGACCACAGCAGAAGCUGCUGUGCAUAUGGGUAAGUAAUGUAACACUGUGAUUAACUGCUACAUAUUUAAAAUAAUGUUAAAAGUUGAUUACUUUUAAUUUAUUUCAGUGAUUUCUAUUUUUUACAUUGACUGGUUUUUGUUUGCUCUUCUUUGUUUACAGGUUGUUUUUUUUUACAGUUGUUUAACUGAAUAUUAAUGGAGUCUUAGUGUGCUGCUUUUCUGUACUCUAAAAUAGCAGAUUGUAUUAUGAUAUUUCCUAUUUCUAUGGUGUUUUUUAAGAGUUGGACAAAGACUCUGGAGAUGAAGGCUGUUCAACUUUACCUGCGACUCCGGAGUAUGGUAUGCACAAGUGAACACAUUUUUAGCCUUGUAGUUCCUCUUUAGCUAAAGUUAUUACAUUUGAUUGAUACCACUGUCAUUUUAGGGGUAUCAAGUCAGCCACAUUCAGACCAUGAAACUGACACUGAGGACAAACCACCAGAAGUACCUAUAAGCCCUGAGGUUUCCCAUGAGGAAAGUGAUGUUGCAGCCUCUUGUGCUCCACGUGGACCUCAUGGUAUGUUUUAAUGCAUUUUUUACAUCAAUACAUUGCAGUAUAUGCAAUACACAAUUAAUUGAUUAAAACACAGUUUUUUUUGUUUGAGACUAUGCUGAUUGUGAGGCAUUAACUAUUUCAGAUAUUUCACAAUCAAGAGCAGCAGGUCCCACUCAACCUCAGCUGAAGAUUUUUCCUAAAACGGUCUUUGGUGAGAGGAAGAGAUCAUUCAAUUCUUCAUGGUAUGAUCAGCAUUCAUGGCUUGAAUACUCUGCAAGCAAAGAUUCAGCCUACUGUUAUGCCUGCAGACACUUCUCCCUGCCUAGUGCAUCAGAAUCAGUUUUUACAUCAGAGUCUGGAUUUUCACAUUGGAAAAAGGCUAUGUUCAAAGAUGGUGGUUUCAAGUUGCAUGAGAAAUCUGAGUCACACAUUACUGCCAUGUUGGCUUGGAGUCAACAAAAGAGAGCUGUACUAACAGAUUCAUCCAUAAUGGAUAUGAUGAACCAAGAAUACAGAAAAAAGUGGAAGAGAAUUGUAGUUACAUUAAAACAAUUGCAGAUGUACUGCUUUUGACAGCAACACAGAAUAUGGCACAGAGAGGUCACAGUGAAUCCAAGUCUGACAACAGAGGGAAUGUUUUAGAAAUUCUUGAAGUCAUUGCAAAACACAAUCCUGUAGUAGCCAGAAAAAUGAAAGGACCUGGUAAUGCUAAAUAUACUAGCAAUACGAUCCAGAAUGAAAUCUUGCAGUGUUUAGCAGACAUGGUGCGUGAUACCAUUGUGAAGAAAGUGAAGAAGAGUGAGGUAUUUUCAGUGAUUGCUGAUGAAAACAAAGAUCUGCAAAAGAAGGAGCAGCUGUCAUUAGUUGUAAGAUACUACUACAAUGGUGCAGUGCAUGAAAGCUUUCUUUGUUUUCAACAUGCCGAACAACUGGAUGCUAAGAGCCUGAGUGAAAUGAUCAUUGGAUGUUUGGAGAGCUAUGGCCUUGAAGUCAAAUCUCAUUGGGCAAGGCUAUGAUGGAGCCACAGUUAUGAGUGGCAAACACUCUGGUGUUGCUGCAAGGAUAAAAGAAAAGGCAAACAAUGCUUUUUAUGUCCAUUGCAAUGCACACAGUCUAAACCUGGUUUUGGUUGACAAUGUAAAAUCAGUUCCAGAGGCUGAUUCCUUUUUCUCCCUUCUUGAGAGGCUUUAUGUGUUCAUGUCAGGAUCCUAUGUGCACAAGAGAUGGCCGGAUGUUCAGAAGGAAAUGUAUGGUGGCCAGCCCAGGGAGUUGGUAAAGCUCAGUGACACAAGAUGGGCAUGUAGAGCUUUGGCUUGUAGGAACUUAAUGGAUAGGUUACCUGCUGUGUUACGUGCUCUUCAGGACAUAAGCACAGAAAAUCAUAGAGACGGAUCUAUUGAUGCUCGAGGUUUGCUUGCACAGAUUGAUCUAACCUUUAUUAGCCUUCUUGCUACCUUCCGAAAGUUGUUCGGAAACACAAAGCUGCUUUCUGACUUAUUGCAGUCAACUUCUGUUGAUUUAGCUAUGGCAGUAGACAUGGUUAACUCCCUUUGUGAUUCAUUUCAGGUGUACAGGACUGACACAUACUGUGAUCAACUAUGGCGUGACAUAAUGGAGACUGCCAAACAGUGCAAUGUAGCUGUUGACGAUGGUGAGAGAAAGAGGUUGCAAAAAAUAAACUCUAGGCUAGGUGGCUCUUUUGUGACAUGCACUUUAGGCCUGCGAGAGGGUAAUGAUGACAAAGAAACAUUCAGACAGAGACUACUCUAUCCCAUUCUUGACAGAAUAACGUGUGAAAUGGACAGAAGGUUUUCAAAGAACAGCUGCACAAUAAUGAAAGGUGCACAUGCCUUACAUCCUAAAUGUAGUCAAUUCCUUCAAGAUAACCUGGUACUUGACUUGGGUAAAAUGUAUGGAUGUGAUUGUGAAGAUCUUAGCCAUGAACUUCACCAGGCUAGGAACAUUUUGAAAAGAAAAAGUCAUAGUAAGGAUACACAGUUAUCAAGCAUUGUAGACUUGACUCUAUUUUUAGAGCAACACCAAGAAGUGUUCCAUGAGUUGUUCAGGCUGUGCAAAAUAGCUGUGGCUCUUCCAGUUAGUAGUGCUGCCUGUGAGCGUAGCUUUUCAACUCUGAAGCUCAUCAAAAAUCACUUAAGGACAACAAUGGGAGACAGCAGGCUAAGUCAUUUGGGAGUGCUUAGUAUUGAGUCAAGAAGAGCCAAGACAUUGGACCUGGAUGAAUUCAUUAAAGUGUUUGCAAGGCAACACAAGAACAGACGGAUUAAUCUGUUGUGAAACCAUAUUUGAAUCAUUUGAGGGUACAAGCACAUAAUCUGAUUUGUGUUUAGGAAUACUUUUUUUUUAACUGUAAAUGAUUUGAUGACUGUACUGAAACUUGAUGUUAAAGUAUGAUCGUCCUUGUAUAAUUUUUAUUUGUACCUAUUGUAUGGAGUUUAACUAAGGCCUUCGUCCAGGCUAAUUUAUCUGAUUUAUGUUGGCACUUUAUGAUAUUACAAUCUUUUGUACUGUUCCUUUAUGAACAGUUAACUAAAGAAUAAAUAGGUUUCACUUUACCCAGUGUGUUGUUUUAUAUGUGUUUGUAUUGGUUGAUUAUUUUAUGUCUUUGAACACAAGAAUGGUAAUUUUGGUGGCCUUAAAUUAAUACAGUUUAUUUAGUUUUAUUUAAACAAUAUCAAAACAUAAUAGGCAAUUUAAAAUAG